AUGCGGCAAGGCGCUACUGCUCUUCAGAAAUGCACUACAGCCAUAAGGAUGUUAGCAUAUGGAUGGGCAGCUGAUCAAAUUGAUGAGUAUCUAAAACUUGGUGCUACAACGUCAAAGGAGUGUCUUACACACUUUGUUGAUGGGAUGUAUCAAGGAAGAUCUAGAACAACGAAUGUAAUCUUAGAAGCAGUUGCUUCUAGAGAUAUAUGGACUUGGCAUGCUUUUUUUGGAACACUAGGAUCUUGCAACGACAUAAAUGUACUCCAACGUUCGUCGAUUUUUGACGACCUUCUCAACGGUCGAGCUCCACAAGUCCAGUUCGAUGUGAAUGGAAAUACCUACAACAAAGGGAAAGUGCACGAAAGGAUGUUGAACGUGCCUUUGGUGUACUACAAGCUUUAUUUGCAAUAA